AUGGCUAAGAAGGGUAAGACAUCAACGGCCGCUCGUAAGCAGCUCAGACAAAAAGAAGAUGCGUAUAUCAAAGAGCUGGAAACAAAAAUCGAGGAAUUCGAUCCUAAGACAUCAAGAGGCGAGCUCUUCAAAGACUUACCAUUAAGCCACCAAACUUUGAAGGGGUUGCGUGACAGCGCUUUCAUCAAGAUGACAGAAAUCCAGAAGAUGUCGAUACCGGUCUCGCUCAAGGGCCACGAUCUACUUGCAGCAGCCAAGACAGGCUCCGGAAAGACUCUGGCUUUUCUUAUUCCGGUGAUCGAAAAACUUUAUAGAGAGAAAUGGACUGAGUUCGACGGUUUGGGGGCGCUGAUUAUUUCUCCGACCCGUGAACUGGCCAUGCAAACCUAUGAGGUCCUAACAAAAAUUGGAAGAUACACAUCGUUCUCUGCUGGCCUCGUCAUUGGCGGCAAAGAGGUAAAAUUCGAGCUUGAUAGAAUUUCCAAAAUUAAUAUUCUCGUUGGCACCCCGGGGAGGAUUUUGCAACACAUGGAUCAAGCCGUUGGUCUCAACACAUCUAAUUUGCAGGUUUUGGUACUCGACGAGGCUGACAGGUGCCUGGAUAUGGGGUUCAAGAAAACUUUGGAUGCUAUAGUCAUGAAUCUUCCACCCGUGAGACAGACACUACUUUUUUCUGCCACCCAAUCACAAUCGCUAGCGGACCUCGCCCGACUUUCCUUGACCGACUACAAGUCAGUAGGUACCGCAGAAGUUAAAGAUGAUAGCAAUAGCUCGGCCACUCCCGACACGCUGCAGCAGUCUUAUAUCAGCGUUGAAUUACCAGAUAAGCUCGACAUUUUAUUCAGUUUCAUCAAGACUCAUCUCAAGUGUAAAAUGAUUGUCUUCUUGUCGAGUUCCAAGCAAGUGCACUUUGUCUACGAAACUUUCAGAAAGCUCCAGCCUGGUAUAUCUCUGAUGCAUCUGCAUGGAAGGCAGAAGCAGACCGCGAGAACUGAAACCCUGGACAAAUUCAGCAGGGCUCAGCAUACAUGCUUGUUCGCUACAGAUGUCGUUGCGAGGGGAAUUGACUUCCCUGCGGUGGAUUGGGUCGUUCAGGCAGACUGCCCAGAGAACGUGGACACCUACAUCCACAGAGUGGGGAGAUCUGCUCGUUACGGAAAACAGGGAAAAUCCCUUGUGAUGCUCACGCCACAAGAGGAGGAAGGCUUUUUGAAAAGAUUAAAGCAGAGACAUAUCGAGCCCAAUAAGCUCACCAUCAAGCAAUCAAGGAAGAAGUCGAUAAAGCCUCAAUUGCAAUCGCUCCUGUUCCAGGAUCCUGAGCUUAAGUACCUGGGCCAAAAAGCUUUUAUUUCUUAUGUGAGAUCCAUUUUCAUUCAAAAAGACAAGGAAGUUUUCAAGUUUGAAGAGCUUCCUACCGAGGAAUUCGCUAACUCUUUGGGUUUACCAGGUGCCCCUAAAAUCAAAAUGAAAGGUAUGAAGUCAGUAGAGAAAGCCAAGGAAUUGAAAAACACUUCAAGACAAUUGCUCUCACUAUCCAAAGCCAACGACGAUGGUGAAAUUAUCAACCAGAACAAAGAAGUGAGGACCAAACAUGACAAGAUGUUCAAUCGUAAGAACCAAACUGUGUUAAGUGAACAUUAUCUAAACAUUACCAAGGCUCAAGCGGACGAAGAUGAGGAAGAUGGCUUCAUGACUAUGAAACGCCAGGAUCACGAAAUCAAGGAAGAGGAACUACCUCAGCUGAUUGCCCCAACAUCAAAAAGAGCCAUGAGAAAAGCUACAUCCAAGAAAGCUUCUAUGGCGGGCAAAGGAAAUCCAUCUAAGCUUGUUUUUGAUGAGGAUGGCCAUGCACGCCCCAUCUACGAGCUUGAAGGAGAGGAGGACUUCCACAAAAAGGGCGACGCAGAGGAGCAAAAGAACGCCUUUUUGCUGAAGGAGACCGAGACGAUGACUCAUGUUGACGUGGAAGACAAGAAACUGGCUAAGGCUAAGAGACAAGAGAAGAAGAGAAAGAGACUAGAAGCAAUGAGGCGUGAAGCAGAAGCCGGAAUGGAUCAAGAGUCAAGUGACGAUCAAGAAGGCGGCUACCAAGUCGCUGUUGGCACAGGUAACUUGAGUGAUGACAUGGUUUCAGAUGAUGACGAAGAUCGUCGUCCCGACAAAAGACGGAGAUUCCCCGAAAGAAUCGAGGAGAGCGAAGACAGAAGAGCAGGCAGUGGUCACAUUGUUGAGAUUGAACAGCCUGAGACUUUGGAAGACCUGGAGUCUCUGACGUCCAGACUCAUUCAAAGUUAA